AUGAUUGAGCGCUUUGAGAGUGCUGGGUACCCCUCAGUGAUGCUUUCCGAACAGUACAGAAUGCAUCCUGAGAUAAGCAGGUUUCCAUCAAAGUACUUCUACAACGACCAACUAAAGGAUGGAGCUGGCAUCUCUGUUCUGAGCCGUGGGGCCCCUUAUCACAAUGAUCAACACCGCUGCUUCCGGCCAAUGGUGUUUUUUGAUUGCAUUGAUGGUAUAGAGACGAGGGGGAGGACACGAUCCAUGGAAAAUGCUUUAGAGGCAGAUCUUGCAGUCAACUUGUUCAUGGGCAUCAGGAGUCGCCAUCCCAAUAGUAUUGGAAGUGUAGCCAUCAUAACGCCAUACAGAGGGCAGCUUGCAUGUCUGAAGGACAGGUUGAGGAGAGCGGCCACAGUUCCAAUGGAGCCUCCGCCUGAACUCUCAACUGUGGAUGGAUUUCAAGGUCGGGAGGCAGACAUUGUCAUCGUUACACUGGUUCGCGCUAAGCAAGUGCCAGCACCCAGCAUUGGCUUUGUCAAUGACAUUCGACGAAUGAACGUUUCAUUGACACGCCCAAGGCAGGCACUGUGGGUGAUCGGCCAUUUGAAGACACUGUGUGCCAGUCCAGCGUGGUCAGCAUUUCUAGAUGAUGCGCAGAAUCGAGACAGGGUGAUAACUGCAAGAAAGCCUUUCUCAAGACUCUUUGACGCAUCUCAUAGUCAGAAAUGCAGCCAGGAAAGAGGGCAAGAAGCCACAGGGAAUGCUUGGACAGUGGGCGAAAGGCCAGCAAGGGAAAGUCACCACGAGAAGAUGGGCCACCAUGACAAGAAUAGAGUUUCUACGGCCACGAAAAUGGUACAAGGCAGUCCCAGCGAAUGGAGAGGACCACAACAUGGCACUGCAUUUUCUUCAUCCAUGAAGCCAGAGAAAGGACAAAAAACAAAUGCAGGUGUCAAAUCCAGGAAAAGGAGAUGGGAUGUGGUUCAACAAGACAUGUUGUUUCCCAAACCCUGGGGCUUGGGUGACACAAAGGUGGGCACCGCUCAGUGCAGAACACGGCCUGAUUAUGUGGACUGUGGGCAACCGGCCGCGUCUCAAAUUGUAGCUUGUGAUCUCAACAUUAAUGGUGGGAAAAAGCACAAGCCAUUGGUACCAGCUAAUGAGGCCAGUCGCCAGCUAGUGAAUGCAGAAAAGGCGCCAUUGGUUCACGGUGCGUUCCAACCCACAAGUCGAGGGCAGUGGAGUCGUGCUGAGGCAUCUUCAGGGGCCCCUAUACAGGUGCAAGAUCGCCCGAAGAAUGGCAGUAGUAUGGUAUGCAAAACAGAGUGUGGGAGGAAGAUGUUGAAACGCUGCAACACCGACGAAGUUGCAGCACCAGUCCUGAAUGGGCAAGAUAAUUGCACGGUCCCGUUUAAGGGGCGCGCAGGCACGCAGGGGGAGUGCCGCAGAGGAACUUCCAAAGCAGGCAACGGCACGACUGGCGCCUCUCACGCUGAGCAAUGGUCUUCGAAUUCUCAGCAGAAUGGCCCCGAUGAGCCGCCACGCGCACAGACGAAGCGGGUGGACUGGGCUGCGAUUGCCAGUAAGUCAGCACUCUCGGCCGGGGGCUUUGGGACCCGAACUGGGCAGCCCAUGAGGCGCCUUUCAUCGCUGGCUGGAGGCACACAUACGAAGCAGGUUGCUCGCCAUGGCUCCAGCACUGGGACAACAGGAAAUGGUGGAUUGCCAAAACCUAGCGUGGCAGCGAGGGGAAGGCAAGAAAAGGGGCGCACCAAGGUGGAUAAUGGGCAGCAGGAGUUUUCCUUGGCUGGCUUGGUGGACAAGAUUGAGAAAAUGAACUCAAGACCGAAAUUCUACACGGGGAACACUGCCAAGGGGGCCGGUUCCAACUAG